AUGUCCCACAGGUGUCAGCAGAGAGGCUCCUGGUCUUACAGUGUCGCACCAUCAGCUAAAGGCCAGUUUCUGACCGAGGGCCUCCACACAGUGAUGGAGAAGAGUCCAGAGACCAGUCCCAGACCAAGAGAGACCAGUCCCAGACCCAGGCAGACCAGUCCCAGACCCAGGCAGACCAGUCCCAGACCCAGGCAGACCAGUCCCAGACCCAGACCAAGAGAGACCAGUCCCAGUCCCAAACCCAGGCAGACCAGUCCCAGACAUUUGACUUUCAUUAGAGGCGUUCUGGAUCUCUCAGACCCUGAGACCCAGGACCCUCUGACCCAGGACCCUCUGACCCAGGACCCUCUGACCCGCCUGCAGAAGGCUCUGGCUGAGGUCCAGGGUCCAGACUUAGUCCUGCAGAAGACGGGACACCAGGAGGACCAGGAGGACCAGCAGAGGACCAGAAGAGAGAAGGACCAGGAGAGGAGCAGAAGAGAGAAGGACCAGGAGAGGAGCAGAAGAGAGAAGGACCAGGAGAGGAGCAGAAGAGAGGAGGACCAGGAGAGGAACAGCAGAGAGGAGGACCAGGAGAGGAACAGCAGAGAGGAGGACCAGGAGAGGAGCAGAAGAGAGGAGGACCAGGAGAGGAACAGCAGAGAGGAGGACCAGGAGAGGAACAGCAGAGAGGAGGACCAGGAGAGGACCAGCAGAGAGGAGGACCAGGAGAGGAACAGGAUCCACACAGGCCAAGACAAGACCAGAUCCAUCGAUCUGUGGACGGACGAAGGCUCCGGAGGACUGAGGGAGAGGGGGGAGAGGGGGGAGAGGGGGGAGAGGGAGAGAGGACGGACCAAGACACAACUCCUCUCUCCCUCCCCCAUCUCCCCCUCUCACCCUUCUCCCUCAGUCCUCUCUCCCUCCCCCAUCUCCCCCUCUCCCCCUUCUCCCUCAGUCCUCUCUCCCUCCCCCAUCUCCCCCUCUCACCCUUCUCCCUCAGUCCUCUCUCCCUCCCCCAUCUCCCCCUCUCACCCUUCUCCCUCAGUCCUCUCUCCCUCCCCCAUCUCCCCCUCUCACCCUUCUCCCUCAGUCCUCUCUCCCUCCCCCAUCUCCCCCUUCUCCCUCAGUCCUCUCUCCCUCCCCCAUCUCCCCCUCUCCCUCCCCCCUCUCCCUCCCCCCUCUCCCUCCCCAUCCCCAUCUCCUCCUCACCCUUCUCCCUCAGUCCUCUCUCCCUCCCCCCUCUCACCCCUCUCCCUCCCCCCUCUCCCUCCCCCAUCUCCUCCUCUCACCCUUCUCCCUCAGUCCUCUCUCCCUCCCCCCUCUCACCCUUCUCCCUCCCCCCUCUCCCUCCCCCCUCUCACCCUUCUCCCUCAGUCCUCUCUCCCUCCCCCAUCUCCCCCUCUCACCCUUCUCCCUCAGUCCUCUCUCCCUCCCCCCUCUCCCUCCCCCCUCUCACCCUUCUCCCUCCCCCCUCUCCCUCCCCCCUCUCCCUCUCCCAUCUCCUCCUCUCACCCUUCUCCCUCCCCCCUCUCCCUCCCCCAUCUCCUCCUCUCACCCUUCUCCCUCAGUCCUCUCUCCCUCCCCCCUCUCCCUCCCCCCUCUCACCCUUCUCCCUCAGUCCCCAGAAGGAGGUCAGGACCAAAGACGCCUCUUGCAGUAGUCCUGACCCUCCGGACUCCCUCUGGACCCCCAGCGCACGCCCGGAUCUGCGGCCGCAAGCGGCUAACGUGGGCCCAGAGGAGCAGGUCCUUCUCGGAGCCAGAGAGCAUGAACGAGGUCGGCCUGAAGCGAGCGGCGAAUGAAAACUUCCAGCAUUCAGCGGUCAGGUUUUUUUCCACCCUGAACCAGAACUGA